AUGCAGCUCAUUCGUUACUCGACAAUUUCUGAUCCAUGUGGCAUCGGACUUCCGUCGGCGAUAUGCUUCUCCUUGAGAUUUCCGGCAACAGCAUGCAUGGUCUCAUUCGCAGCACUACAGGUAGCUAUGGUGACUGAACGAGCUAUUGCAAUAUGGCAAAGUACUCGAUAUGAUUCGUGCAGCUCAAGAAUUGGUUUAGCCUUUAUAUCCUUAUCGGUCAUUAUCUCUGUAGCUGCUACUGCGUGGGCAAUGGAGGAUGAAGACUUCUCUGCACGGUAUGCGUAUUGCUCAGCCGCCACACCGAGCACCAUAAAUAGGAUACAAUUUCUAUGCUUUAUUCUCUGUGCAAUUGAUGUGUCAACAAUUGGUGGCAUUGUCGCACUUUUCGCAUUCAACAACGUCGCCAUCAAGCGCAGGACCUUCGAUCUACGGUCAUCAUAUCAGCUUCACGAAAAUGCUGUUGUUAUAAGACUAAUGCUCCCCUUGACGCUCUUCCAAACCAUCACUUUCGGAAUAUUCUCGUCAAGUAGUGCAAUUAUUGCAAUGUUUCGAGAGAACUUCUCGCCAGUCGCUUAUCGUAUAAUGUUUGCUUCUUGCUACGUGAGUUCUAUGGCUCCACUGAGUUUUCAAGAUUCAGCAAUCGCAAGAUCAGCUAUUCUUCCACCUUGA